AUGCAUCUUCUGCCACCGCGCGUGUCACCAGAGCCAUCGCCGCAAUGUUCUGCGCCCCUCAUCAUCUUUCGGCAUCCCGAAUAUUCUAUCCAUGUGAGCAUGCUCCUCGCGCUGCCGCCGCUUGACGUUGCAACAUCUGAGGAUUCGACAGACGCCAUUAGUGACGCAGCUAGACUGGCGACGAAUCAUGACCUGACCGAAACGCACGCCGGCGAUGAUUUUGCCGUACUAGAGAGACCGCCGCGGUACGGAAUACACCAUGGCACUGCCUUGGUAGCUUGCCAGAUUAUCGCCGGGAAUGCCUUCAACAGAGCGUAUCUCACCUACGACCGCAAAGGACAGGAACGCGUGACACUGGCUCCAGACGGUCUACUCACGCGUCCCCAAUACUACCUCCAAGUGCACGGCUCAACCCAGCGACCAUAUCCCAUCACGCCAAACUUCCAGAACUGGCAAUUCCCGCAUGGUGAUCUCCCUCAACCAUGGGCAUCCCUCCCGUCUCCUAGCGCCGCGACCGCCCGCUCCUGCGUUAUCAGCACUGCCACGACCGUCGAUGCGGCACAUGUGAUCCCUCGCUCGAUGGCGACGUGGUUUGAAGAGAAUGGCAUGGCCGAGUACUCGCGCGAUUCCACCACGCCUGCCGUCGAUACUUCACGCAAUAUCUGCCCCUUGCGAUGCGACCUGCACAAGGACUUUGACCGACGUGCCUUUGCCAUUGUGCCCAAGCCCGUGGCAGGCGGGAGCCAUGCCUUGGCCGUGCACUUCUUGACUGUGGACGAUGUUGCGAGCCAGGCGAGCGAAUUCCACAAUCAGUUGGUCCAGAAGCUCGACUCAGUAGCUCCUCAGUACCUCUUCUCCCGAUUCGCAUAUGCUGUUUUCUCGUUAGUUAAAAUAUUUGUCCUACAAGGUGAGAAGCGAUGGCUCGAGGUAAAGACACUGGGUGAGGACGAGCUCGGUGCUUCGACCUGGAUGACUGAGGUGCUCGAUAUGAGCCGGGACCAAAGGAACAACUUCUUCGGCGGCGGAGGGUCUAGAAGCUCCAGCCCCCGAAAGAGGACGAGAGGAUCAACGUCUCAGAACAAUGACGACUUCGACGGAGCAGCUUUCCCGAAUACGGUGGACGAAGGCGCUGCUUCUGGUGCGCUAGGGUAUCAGUCCCCGAGUGAGGACGAGGAAGAACGGGGCCGGAAACGGCUCCGUGACUGGGUUCUCCAUUCCGCAGGGACGGGAGCUUCUUCCCAUUUUAGCGACGAGGAGGAUAUAAGGAGAAAGGCCAAGAGGAGACGGACGACAAGUGCUCAACCCUCGACGCCAUCUCUGACUACGUCCUUGGGCUCCCACUCCUCCCUGGAGGCUCACGAGGACAGAGGCAACGUGGAGACAGCUGAUAAAGUGCCACUCAUAGAAGGGGAUGGCCGAAAGAAGGACAGCGAUUCCACGCACUUGGUUCGGCCAGAAUCCUUGACGCUGAGCUAG